AAAGGAAUUGGGCAUUCAAGUAGAGAAGGGCAUAUUUAUCCCCUAUCUAAAUCUUCGUCUGUCAAGCCGAUAGAGCUCUCUUUCUCUUGCCUCUGUACUGCCGCUGGGUUCUGCUGCUACUCGUUUCAUAUUCUACCUUUCAUAUAUUAUUACCAAAGCAAAGAUGGAUAGGGAGAGGCUCAUGAAAAUGGCUGGUGCCGUUCGUACUGGUGGAAAAGGAAGCAUGAGAAGAAAAAAGAAGGCUAUUCACAGAGCCACGACCACUGAUGAUAAAAGGCUUCAGAGUACCUUGAAGAGGAUUGGGGUGAACGCUAUCCCAGCUAUUGAAGAAGUUAACAUUUUCAAGGAUGAUGCAGUCAUCCAGUUUAUUAAUCCCAAAGUUCAAGCUUCCAUUGCUGCCAACACUUGGGUAGUUAGCGGUUCUCCUCAAACAAAAAAAUUGCAAGAUAUUCUCCCAGGGAUCAUCAACCAACUAGGGCCAGAUAACUUGGACAACCUAAGGAAGCUUGCGGAGCAGUUUCAGAAGCAGCAACCACCUGCUGGUGCACAAGCAACACAAGAAGAAGACGAUGAUGAAGUCCCGGAGCUUGUUGCUGGUGAAACCUUUGAAACUGCUGCAGAAGAUAGUCAUACUCAUACUUCUUAGACUGGUUGUAUGAAUGGUUUCCAAUACCAAUUUUAGUACUUUGCUGGGCAUUUCUUUCCCCUUAUGGCCUUCAGCUCUUGUGAUAGUCUCUUUUCCUGAUGUUUUACUGAAUCCAGUGAAAGAAUUGUAGCUUGUAUGAGACCUAUAAAUGUUGUUAAAAGCGUGCCUAAGGUGCACCUAAGCUCAAAGCUCAAAGCCCCAACCUCUCAACACUUCUCUAGGCCCAAAAAAAGCUCAUUUAAUGAAGCACACUUUUUUGGAGCUUUUUGAAGUACAAAGCGCACUAAGACACGCUUUUUUUUAAUAUUAUUUUAUUGUUAAAAGAGAUUUGGAUUAUCAAAAUUAAUUGCUUGAUCAAAA